CAAUUUUGUAUCCAAUUUCUCCUAUAACCUUGUUUGUUUGAAAUGGAGAACGAUCCCUUAAGACAGCAAAUUGCCACCAUGAAGCAAUCUCUUUUGGACGAGGGAACUGUGGAGUCACACUUUUUUCAUUUGGAGCAACUUCAAAGCCCUGAAGACCCAAACUUUCUAGAGAGGGCAAUUGGUUUGCUUUACACCGAUUCAAUGAAAGUUACAAAUGAUAUGGAGCGGCUGCUCGAGAACCACCCUGUUGAUUUCGCAGCAAUUAUAAGGUUGGUCCAGCAGCUAAGGGGUAUGAGUGCCAGUCUAGGGGCCCAAAAAGUUAAGGAAAGGGUGCUUGCAUUGUUGGGCAACUGCGAGGAAGGUCAUGUAGAACGUAGCAAGGCCUCUCUCCAAGUGCUGAAGCUGGAGCUUGGGACCCUCAAGGCAAGGCUUGACCCUUAUUUUCAGUUGGUGAGGCAAGUCCGCCCUGCUAAUGGAGCAGGAGGAGGCCCACCGUGAACUUAUCACUGGAAGCAGAAGGGUGACAAGUUGGUGUGCAUGCCACACUAGUUGAUAUGCAAAUCGUCUAUUUUUAUCUCUAAAUUAGCAGUUAAAUAAACUCUAAGGGGAUAUUGUUUCCUUGUGUGCUUCUUAUUUUCCAUUUUUGCCUGGUUCCUAUGGGAAAUUCUAGGACUUGUCGUUUGCUUCUCUCUUUUGAAUAAUUAAUUAAGGUGUUGUUUUCUUCUGGGAAACUCCUCUUAAUUGCUUUUAAGAAUAUGUAAGCUUUUAAUUUCUAUCAUGCAAUUAAAUUUGCCUUUUUAUUCUUCUUA